CCCGCACAAAGCGGCGCCGGCACAGAGGGCGGGGCGCGGCCUGGAGGGACUCGUUGGCGCGCGCCGGCCGGCGUGGUGACGUCAGGGCGGAAGCGCACGCUGCGUGAAGCGGCCCAGGACCCGGCGGUCACGGGAGUAUCCGUCGCGCCGAGAACACUGGUUAGUCUCACUCUGGGUUCCGGCUGCGUUGGGCGUGCGUGCAGCUCGCAGAGACUAUGGCGUCCGCGCCUCACCCGACCUCGACCGCUGCCGCUGCCGCCGCUGCCGCCUCGUCGACCGCCCCAAGUGCGGGCGGGUCCAGCUCCGGCACGACGACCACGACGACGACCACGACGGGAGGGAUCCUGAUCGGCGACCGCCUGUACUCGGAAGUUUCGCUCACCAUCGAUCACUCACUGAUCCCGGAGGAGAGGCUAUCGCCCACCCCGUCCAUGCAAGACGGGCUGGACCUGCCCAGCGAGACGGACUUGCGCAUCCUGGGGUGCGAGCUCAUCCAGGCCGCCGGCAUCCUCCUCCGAUUGCCGCAGGUGGCGAUGGCAACGGGGCAGGUGUUGUUUCAUCGUUUUUUCUACUCGAAGUCCUUCGUCAAACAUAGUUUCGAGAUUGUUGCCAUGGCCUGUAUUAAUCUUGCAUCAAAAAUUGAAGAAGCGCCUAGAAGAAUAAGAGAUGUGAUUAAUGUAUUUCACCACCUCCGCCAGUUAAGAGGAAAAAGGACUCCAAGCCCCUUGAUUCUUGAUCAGAACUACAUUAACACCAAAAACCAAGUUAUCAAAGCAGAGAGGAGGGUGCUAAAGGAGUUGGGAUUUUGUGUUCAUGUCAAGCAUCCUCAUAAGAUCAUUGUUAUGUAUUUACAAGUCUUAGAAUGUGAACGUAAUCAAACCCUGGUUCAAACUGCCUGGGUAGUCCAUGAUGGUAAGUCAUAGAACUCUGCCCUCUGCACUUCAGCCCAUGACCUCAGGAUGGCCUGAUUGGCUGCCCUGCUCUCCAGCCAAUCCAGUGCAAGCUCUCAUCCGAGAUUCACUGAAGUGGUCCAUAUCCAUCUGGCAGCAUCUUCUAGUUCUGUCGGGGUGUCAAAAGGAUUUGUAUAUUUGCUUCUAGAAGUAACUAUUCAACAUGCCUAUGUUAUUUAAUGUAUACCUGUAACUAGCAACAUGAAUAGUUCAUUUUUGAUAAAUUUGUUGUCCAGCCAUUAUGAAUUAAAUGUUCUUUUUUUUAAAUUAGGAGUUUGGCUAUAUUUCUAUAUAUAGUGUGUAUAGCAUGAAUUCAAAGAAGCUAAAGCCUGCAUCUGUAAGUGGGUACCACUUCCCAUGCUGCGUUAAUUUACAGUUGCUGUACUGUUGCAGACAGUGUUAUUAUUAUAAUUAAUACUCCAUCUUAAAGUGCUUUUUAACUUGGACCUUUGAGAUGCAGAUGUAUGUUUUGGAGUGCUAGCUAGGAUCACACAAGGAGAUUGUGGUUCAGCUACAACUCUUCAUAAGAUACUGAUGUACAAGACUUAAUUUUAAUUUUUGUGUCCUGAAUUUUUCCAGCAAAAUGUCAUUUUUAUGACUGCCGUGCAAUUUUUGGACUCCAUAAAUAUAUAGUAAUAUCACAAAAAUUUCAUUCCUUUUAUAAAAUGCAUGACUUUUUGUGUUCUACAAAAAAAAAUUUCAGUUUUUAUGAAUAAGGACUUUAAAAUCAUUUAGUUUCAGCCUAAAUAAUCUGUACAGUUUUCGCUGAAGAAUAUUCAUGGUGAGGGCUCACUAAAAAUUCCAGCAAUUUAUUAAUUGAAGUAGUUUAUUGCUGUUGUUUGUACUGCAAAAAAAGGUAAGUAAACAAGGUAAUUAUAUUUAUUGCUCUUGACUUCCCUACCUAGAUUUUUCUCAGUUUUGUUUCUUAAUGAAAGUAUAAAGUGUAUUUUUACUCAUCAGUUAUUUGGAGUUUUUUAAAGAACUUUGUUGGCAUUGCUUUUCAUUGUGGAUAAAGGAGAGAUGGUCAAUAAUUAUGGCUUGAAGUAUUACUGGAGUGGUUUAUCAUUUCUAAAAAUAAUCAUGUUUUAACAUAAUUAACUUAAAAAGCAUUACUUAUUACAGAAAUACAUUAAACGGUAACAUGACUUAUUGAACGGGGCUUUGGUCAUGUAGACAACUAAAGAAUGGUCCUAAUGUUACAUGCAAUCUUAAUCUACUAAUUUUCCGAGUUGAGAAUUGUUGUAUGCUAGAAUAUGGGGACAAGAAUAUAAGAGAAGAAAAAAGAA